AUGGCGCAGAAGGAGACCAAUGGCAGCAACGGCGAGCACAUCUCCACCCGCCCGCCGCCGACCCCCUCGCCCCUCCGCUUCUCCAAGUUCUUCCAGGCUAACCUGCGGAUCCUCGUCACUGGUGGGGCGGGCUUCAUCGGCUCACACCUCGUAGACAAGCUCAUGGAGAACGAGAAGCACGAGGUCAUUGUUGCUGAUAACUUUUUCACUGGUUCAAAAGACAACCUGAAGAAGUGGAUCGGCCACCCAAGAUUUGAGCUCAUCCGUCAUGAUGUCACCCAGCCGCUUCUUGUGGAGGUUGACCAAAUCUAUCACCUUGCUUGCCCUGCUUCACCAAUCUUCUACAAGCACAAUCCUGUUAAGACCAUCAAGACCAAUGUUAUUGGUACCCUGAACAUGCUGGGACUUGCAAAGAGAGUUGGAGCUAGGAUUUUGUUGACAUCGACCUCAGAAGUUUAUGGUGAUCCGCUUGAGCAUCCUCAAACCGAGGCCUACUGGGGCAAUGUUAACCCAAUUGGCGUCAGGAGCUGUUAUGAUGAGGGUAAGCGUGUAGCAGAGACACUGAUGUUCGACUAUCACAGGCAGCAUGGCAUUGAAAUCCGAAUUGCCAGGAUUUUCAACACCUAUGGGCCUAGGAUGAACAUUGAUGAUGGCCGUGUUGUUAGCAACUUCAUUGCUCAGGCUGUGCGUGGUGAACCCCUGACUGUCCAGAGGCCCGGAACACAGACUAGGAGCUUCUGCUAUGUUGCCGAUAUGGUUGAUGGUCUUAUUAAGCUGAUGAAUGGAAACAACACUGGACCGAUUAACUUGGGGAACCCAGGUGAAUUCACCAUGCUGGAACUUGCUGAGAAUGUGAAGGAGUUGAUCAACCCAGAUGUGACAGUGACGAUGACCGAGAACACUCCUGAUGAUCCCCGCCAGAGGAAGCCAGACAUCACAAAGGCGAAGGAAGUUCUGGGGUGGGAGCCCAAGAUCGUCCUGAGGGACGGCUUGGUGCUCAUGGAGGAUGAUUUCCGGGAGCGCCUGGCCGUGCCCAAGAAAACCAAGGCCUAA